GAUAAUACCGAUCCUAAAUAUUUCUACGAUUAUAUUUGCAAAACCGUUAGUAAAGUUAUUAAUAAAAUUCGUACUAAUAUUUUCGAAAAGUAUAUUACUCUUUAUUGCGGCAAUUUUAAUUCUAUAUCUUCCUUUUUUAUUCGCUAUAAUCUUCUUCGUAAGCGCAUUACUAAGUACAGUUUGAAAAUCGAUAAUAAGGUUAAAGUUCUCAACUUUUAUAAUAUAGUUAAACGCUAA